CACAGUAAGAGAUUAUAGCAAAGCAUCUAUAAUCAACUCAGCUUAAGAAGUUUUGACCUUCUGGUUAGGCUUCUUGCCACAACAGAACAGCACCAAAAUCAUGGCCUUCUUCUCCCGACUGGAUCUCCAGGAGGGCCUCCAAACCUUCUUUGUUUUGCAAUGGAUCCCAGUCUAUAUAUUUUUAGGAGCUAUUCCCAUUCUCCUUAUACCCUACUUUCUGCUGUUCAGUAAGUUCUGGCCCUUGGCUGUGCUCUCCUUAGCCUGGCUCACCUAUGAUUGGAACACCCACAGUCAAGGUGGCAGGCGUUCAGCUUGGGUACGAAACUGGACCCUAUGGAAGUAUUUCCGAAAUUACUUCCCAGUAAAGCUGGUGAAGACUCAUGAGCUUUCUCCCAAACACAACUACAUCAUUGCCAAUCACCCCCAUGGCAUUCUCUCUUUUGGUGUCUUCAUCAACUUUGCCACUGAGGCCACUGGCAUUGCUCGGAUUUUCCCAUCCAUCACUCCCUUUGUAGGGACCUUAGAAAGGAUAUUUUGGAUCCCAAUUGUGCGGGAAUAUGUGAUGUCAAUGGGUGUGUGCCCUGUGAGUAGAUCAGCCUUGAAGUACUUGCUGACCCAGAAAGGCUCAGGCAAUGCCGUGGUUAUUGUGGUGGGUGGAGCUGCUGAAGCUCUCUUAUGCAGACCAGGAGCCUCCACUCUCUUCCUCAAGCAGCGUAAAGGUUUUGUGAAGAUGGCACUGCAAACAGGGGCAUACCUUGUCCCUUCAUAUUCCUUUGGUGAGAACGAAGUUUUCAAUCAGGAGACCUUCCCUGAGGGCACGUGGUUAAGGUUGUUCCAAAAAACCUUCCAGGACACAUUCAAAAAAAUCCUGGGACUAAAUUUCUGUACCUUCCAUGGCCGGGGCUUCACUCGCGGAUCCUGGGGCUUCCUGCCUUUCAAUCAGCCCAUUACCACUGUUGUUGGGGAACCCCUUCCAAUUCCCAGGAUUAAGAGGCCAAACCAGAAGACAGUAGACAAAUAUCACGCACUCUACAUCAGUGCCCUGCGCAAGCUCUUUGACCAACACAAAGUUGAAUAUGGCCUCCCUGAGACCCAAGAGCUGACAAUUAUAUAACAGGAGCCACAUUCCCCAUUAAUCAACCCCCAAAGCCAUGAGGGAUCCAAGUAGAGCCACAGAAAAAGAAUUCCAGGAGAGGGAAAGAUCGGAAGGAUGAGAGAGGGGACCAUCCAAGCCAGAAAUUAUUUAAUAAAUCAGAGUUCUAGCAAUAGAGUCCUCUCCCAAGUGGCUGAGGCAGGCUUAGGGGAAAGAACCAGAGGGGCAGGGGGGAAGUGGGGAGGGCUGGCUAGCCAGAGGAGUUGGCUGUAUCACCCCUGGUUAUUCUAGGGCAACAGCCCAGUUGGGGAGUCUUAUGAAUCACUCCAGCCAACUCUCUGAUCACAAAGAAUACUGUGCCGCUUUCUCCUAAACCUUAGUUCACCAACACUACGUAGGUUUAGACUUAGAAGCUUUAUUUGGAACAGGGAUAGUUUGUUUCCUCUUGGUCCUUUCCUUACAACUUGGGAACUGCCACAAGGUAAACCAGGGACCUGAACUGUAGCUGCCUGGUCCAAGCAGACAGGAUUCCCUCAGUUGUGAUAGAGUUCUAGAUUGGCAAUGCAGUUACAUUGUUUCUUCUUUGAAAAUAAAGUUCUAGACAUAUAAAACAGGA